AUGCGCUCUUGUCGUGAUGGUGGCGGAUCAUGCACGCGCUAAAACCGUAUUGGCUGCCCUAGAUCAGCGGAUUUCCACCCUUGACUUUGAUGGACAAAGCUGGACAACUUGGAUCGACAAAGCGGACGUAUCCAUACCAGAGGGGUCCUCUCUGGAAGAGUGCAGCAAAAAUGUGAAGAACAGGAUGGAAACUAUGACUCUCCGGAAAGAGGACAUGUCUAUAUAUGGUCACUGCCCAGCACAUGAUGACUUCUUCCUGGUGGUGUGCAGCCACUGCGGGCAGGUAGUAAAACCACAGGCUUUUGAAAAGCACUUUGAGCGACGACAUGGGCCCUUGAGCAAACUAUGCGGCACUCCGUCCAACUGCUCUCCUGACCGGUCCCAACAGGGGAGACCCCCCUCCCAGCAUGACAGUCUCAGUGAGGGUCAAGUCAGCAGGAGCCAGGGGCCUGGACCUCCAAAAUUCCCACCACCUCACUCUCCCCACCAGGGACGCUCCAAACCACUGCGUGAAGCACCAAGUCUGCAGCAGGUGGAUACAGUUUCCCAAAGAACCCCUCUAUCACCUCCACAUUUUUCCACUCCCAGUCCCAGAGACCCACCCUGGAAUCGUGGGAAAACCCCACCAAAAGCACCCCCACCAGCUGAAAAACCACUCCAGAAGAGUUUGGAUUCCCACACUCCACUGCACGGACCAAGAAAUUACAGCAGAACUUACAAGAAAGUCCUUAAGAAAGAAUGUGACUUAGACAAGCAUUGUGGGGUGAUGGAUUCUGAGAGAAAGAAAGCGUGCACCCGACUGCUAACGUGUAAUAUUCAUUCCAUCCAUCAGCGCCGGCAGGUUGUAGGGAGGAGUAAACGCUUUGACCAGCUUGUAAGGGAGCUGAAGAUGAGCUCAAAGACUCGAGUGCACCCCCCUCUGCCCAUAGAGGUUUCUGAUGGAGGCCCCGCCCAACCCAAACCCAGAGGGUCUCAAAUUGGGCCUCUGCACUACACAAGCCAAAUAACUAACUCUUCUAUUCUCAGGUCUAUGAGUCCAUCAGACAGUAGUGUAGAAAUGAAGGAGGGAAAGAUGCACUCUGAGGAGACGCAGAUGGAGUCGGUUUCAGCUUGUCUCUCCAGUGAGGAGAGUGGUGGGGAAAACUGUGAGGAAUUUACUCAUCUGCCUGCAAGCACUUGGCACCCUAAACCCCUGGGAUUUUGCACCUUCGGGGCACAUGUACUUGGCCGUAGUGUUUUAGCUUUUGACCGAAGGAUGCUCCACCUGCGGUCAGCAUUCAGUGUUAUGAUGGAGCAGCACCUCAGCACUUAUCUGUGGAAGAAAAUCCCUCAGGUUUCAGAGCUAUGCUCUCAUCAGCCAUCAGUCAUUACAAAAUCCUACAAUUCCCAUGAUGCCAUGCGCAGCUCAGUACCCACUCGCAGUGCCUCUUCUCUCAGGACUAGCACCUCAGGACAAUCAGAGCUACCAACAAAAGCCCAGUCAACCUCAGGUCCUGACUGGCCUAGUAAUGCAGGGGGUCGGCCCAGCAAGCAGGCCUUGCAGACCAGAUUCAGGGAGCUUCAGGAGGGUCCCACAACCAGUAAGCGGCAGAAAUUUCCACAAGAUGACGAGGACUCACAUGGACAGGGCAAGAUCUCAUACACCCCUCACCACAGGGACCUCCAGUCCUCCUUGGCUAGAACCACACUUCGUUCUCCACAUAGACCAUUCAUUGGAGCACUAUCACCUGGCAGCAAACCAUGGCAAUCUGUAAAUUCCACUGAAAUGAAGAGGCUGAUCAAGCAAAGCCCCACCCAUUUCUCCCCCUCUCCUGUCCCAGAGUCGGAUAAGGGAGGGUCCUCAGGGCUGAAUCAAAGGGCUGUUGGGUAUGAACAAAAAGGGCCUGGCAGGAAACGUAAGAUCAGUGGUGCCUCAUCCCCCAACAACACUUCAUGUGCCCCAAAACCAAACAUCCUCUCCUCUUUCUCCCAAACCCACUCCAAUCCGGUGUCCUGGGGUGGGGAUGGUAGACCAGGAUCAACCCAAAGUCUGCCAAAGAAACUGGGUGCACAGAAGCCAAAGCUUCUUCACUGAGGGAGUCUGCCUUAAACUCCUCCAGAAGCACAAGUUGACUGCCAUGUACUUUGCUUCGGACUUUAUGCACAGGAUGGUGGAAGUUUGAAGUUCACCGUAGGAGUGUGUAUGUUAUAUACUGAAUUUUUAUGUGAGUGAAUGUAUAUGUUGGAUGACCUGCAACUGAGUAUAAAAUACCUCAAGACCUUCCGUAUGCUGCUAAACUGACUGUCAGAUAAUGGACUUUGAAAUAAAUAUGCCAACAUCUUUCUGUUGUCUUGCUGUUAAUGAAAAGUGAUGAUGCUUCAUCUCAACACUAGAUGGCACUAAACAACCAGGUACCUCAAUGUUACACAAGGCCAAAGAAGGGAACGCUUAUAUUAUUGACCUUAUUCACUGCAGCGUCAUCUUUUAUUUUUGACGGGAAUGACUACAAUACAAGGCCGUGAUGGAUAGACUUAGUCUCGUCAGUGGGUUGUACUGUUGUUUUAAGUGUUGAUCGUUCCGUUGACGAAACAUUACAAAAAUAUAUUUACAAGAAUUUUCAGUAGACAAAAUAAUCCAGGCAACAUGAGUUGAUGAAAAUUAGGUGUGAUCUCGGAGCUUUUUUGAUAGCUUUAUACAGUGCAAAGAGAAGGUAAUUAUAUCCCUCAAAGCCUCGUUUUCAUUCCCAUCAAAGAUGGCGCUGCUGUGAAUAAGGUCAUUAUAAGUAUUACCUUCUUUGACCUUGUGUAACAUUGAGGUACCUAGUUGUUUAGUGCAAUCUAGUGUUGAGAUGAAGCAUCAUCACCAUUCAGUUUCAAAUUAAUCCGAAUAUUACCAUAAAGUAAUUUAGUCUCAACCCACAGUUUGUUAAAUCAAAGGAAAAAUGCAUGUACAUCUAUUGCACUUAUAAUAGAAGCCAAUGGAGCAAGUGUAUUAUGUUAUUUUUAUCUAGAAUAUUUGGGUAGAAUAAAGGGAUAGUUCACCCUAAAAUGAAAAUUGUGUCAUUUACUCAUCCUCAUGGUUUUUCAAACCCAUAUGACUUUCUUCUGUGGAACACAAAAUGAGAUCUUGGGAAGAAUGACAGCCUCAGCCACCAUUCACUUGUAUUGUAUAAAUAAAUACAAUAAAAGUGAAUGUUGACUGGGGCUAACAUGCUGCCUAGCAUCUCCCUUUGUGUUCCAUGGAAGAAAGUAAGUCAUGCGGGUGUGGAAACGCAUUAGUGUAUGUAAUGUAGAUAUGGAGGAGGGAGCCUCCACAGCCAUAAAAUGUACCCAUUAUAUUUAUAAAAAUUGCUGAUCUUGUAUUUAAGUCACUGAUUCAAAAUAU